GUCCCAUGGCUCCGGUCUCCUGCCAUUAAACCUGCUGUGAGCCCGAGGAGGAGUCAGAAACUCCGUGUUCUCACAUCAGACAGCCGCCGAGCUCUGAUCCUCAUCCCGUGCCAGCUCGAGUUCCCAGCGUUCCUCAUCCAUGCAGCAUCUUCAGGAGCAGUGAGAAACUUUCCUCUGGAGCUCUGAGAGAAAUCCUGAGCACUUCAGACAGGUGUUCGUGUGGCCACAAGGCCAAGAAGAGGACAACAAACAACUAAAUACACCAUGUCCACUGGGAAAAAUGCACCUGGUACAGAAAACUCCAGACAGAUGUCCCUACAGGUCUGUCUUGAUGAAUGCAUGGAGGCCAUGGAUCUGUUCCUCAACAACCACUUCAGUGAGAGUUUGGACAAACUACGGCCACGGGCAAAGGAGAGCAUGUAUCACGCUCUGAUGUAUGCCACAGUAUUAGAGAUGCAGGCCAUGAUGACCUUCCAACACGACGACAUAGUGCAUGCUGGGAACACGAUGAAGAGCGCUCAGGAGGUGUGCCAGAGGUUCCGUAAGAAGUCAGGUGGUCUUGGGACUCGAGGAGCAAAUGAUGAUCUUUCAGAAGAGCAGCUCCAUGCUGAAGUGUGUUAUGCUGAGUGUUUACUACACAGAGCCGCUCUCACAUUCUUACAGGAUGAGGAUAUGGUUAGUUUUAUUAAAGGAGGAAUCAAAGUACGGAACAGUUACCUCAUAUACAAGGAGCUGCAUGCCUUCAUCCAAUCAGAUACGACUUUCAGAGGACCAAAUCACAAGCACUUAGAGGGCGGAGUCUCUUUUGGGAUUGGAGCUUUCAAUUUGACUCUUUCACUGUUUCCUGUCCGGAUACUCAAGUUGCUGGAGUUUGCUGGCUUUUCUGGAGAUAAGGAAUUUGGCAUCUCUCAGCUGUUCACGGGUGCCACCUCUCAUACCCUGCGCUCCAUGCUGUGCGCCCUCCUCCUACUCUGUUUCUACACCUUCCUCUCCUUUAUUUUAGGUACUGGAGAGGGGGAGGUGGAGGAGGCAGAGCAGCUAUUGAAGCCAUUUCGACUGCGAUACCCACGUGGAGCGAUAUUCCUCUUCUUUGCAGGUCGAGCUGAAGAAAUAAAGGGCAACAUUGACGAGGCGGUGGCGCUGUUUGAGGACGGCUGUAAGGCCCAACAGGCCUGGAAACAGUUUCAUCACAUGUGCUACUGGGAGCUGAUGUGGUGUUUCACCUUUAAGAGGCACUGGAAGAUGGCGUACUUCUACGCAGACCUGCUCAGCCAGGAGAGCCGCUGGUCUAAGGCCAUGUACGUGUACAUGAAGGCGGCUUAUCUCAGCAUGCUUUCAGACACAGAAGCCCGGCCAUUCGGGGAUAAUGAGGUGGAUCUCUUUAGACAGGUACCAACAUACAAGCAGAAGAUAGCGGGCAAAUCUCCACCCACAGAGAAGUUUGCCAUUCGUAAAGCAAGACGGUACAAAACCAGCAAUCCAAUUAGACUUCCUGUUCCCGUGCUUGAGAUGAUGUACAUGUGGAAUGGUUUCUCCAUAAUCAGCAAACAGCCUGAGCUGACAGAGGGAAUGAUGGAGACACUGUUAGAGGCAGAGCGCACCCUACAGGCCGCCCCAGAGAACGAGUACUCCAUGGACGACACGUGUUUAAUCCUGCUUCUGAAAGGCCUGUGUCUGAAGAACCAAGGCCAGAUGCAGGUGGCAGAGGACUGUUUCAGACAGAUUUACAUCAGUGAAAAGAAGUUGAAGUUCGAUCAUUACCUGGUUCCUAACGCUCUGCUGGAGAUGAGUCUCCUGUACAUCGACACUGGGAGGAAAGAGCAAGCCAUCAAACUACUGCAGAAAGCCAAAAAUAACUACAAGGAGUACUCAAUGGAGUCUCGUACGCAGUUCAGGGUCCAUGCGGCCCUGACAAAACUUAAGGCUGACACCAGCGACCAAGAUGAAAAAACAGCAUCGUAAGGGAAGAUGAUUUUAAGUCAAUGGCAUCUCUCCUCCUGAAAGACCAGAGAAGAAUUACAUGGUCACCUUAUGGGGAGAACGAAGGACCAAAGACACAGUGUGCUUGUUAUGCAGUGGCACUGCCCAGUGUUGACCUGUCUCAUGCUUUUUUUGGGGGGUGGUAUUAUAGGAGACACUAAAAUCUUAUUUUGUACAUUUUCCCUCACAAGGUUAUUUUUUGCCAAAUCAAUGUUUAUUUCAGAUCAGUUAGUAAAUAGAUGAAUGGACAUUUCAGAUGUUAACCAGAGUUUAAGCUCCUAUGUGUUAAAAUGUAAUAAAAUGUAAAUUUUUAGGGAGCAUUAGAAAUUAAAUUAAUAUUUUUCUGUAUUUUUUUUUUUCUCAAGUCCUGUUCAGGUUUGAUAAGGGAAACUGACAGUGUUUACAACAACAACAAUAAAUAAUAAUAAUUAGACGAACCAUUUUACACUAAGUUGUAAUUAUGAUUAAACCGGUUUAUUAUUGUAAGGCUGAGAGCGGGAUUGAAUACUUUAUUACUGAUGAUUAUAUUCCUUUCUUGAAUAAAUCAAGAAUGUUUUAAUAAUCAAAUGGUUCAAAUAGCAUCAUACAUAUUCAGAUGCUAUGGUUAUUUUUUUGUUUUGAAAUAAUUUUAUCAGUACUUAAUAUUUCAUCAAAAUGUUGAUAUUUAAGUAUUUUUUAAAUGUUUAAUUUAUGCAUCAUUUUAUAGUAAGUCAAGUCGUAAAAUCAAUGCAGUUAUUUAGCAACACAUGCUCUGGGUCACUGUAUGAAUAAAUCAGUUUUCCUUGACAAAUUA